AUACAAUAUAGUCUUCAUUUCUCAUUUCCUAUAACAAGAACACCCACCCAAGUCAGUACUGACUCUGACUGCUAUUUCCACUCCAAAUUUUGUGAUUCCAGUCCUUCUUCAGGGUGUGGAAAAAGAAAAAAAAAUGGGGUCUUUGGAAAGGUCAAAGAAAAAAGUUCAACUAUGGAAAAAAGCCGUAGUCCAUUUUUCUUUGUGCUUUGUUAUGGGGUUCUUCACAGGCUUUGCUCCAACGGGUAAAACUUCAAUGUUCAAUAACCAUGUUGCCUCAUCAAAUAGAUCAGAAUCUUCACCACAGCCUAUUGAAAUGUUGCACCAAGCAACAAAUAUUAAUAGAAGUUUGAUAGCUGAAGCUCCGGUGACCAUUCCUCAGAGGCAUAAAGACUUGGAACACACAUCACCACCAGAAGAAUUACGAGUAGAAGAAGAAAAACAACCCAAGCUGACACCAAGAAGAUUUGUAAUAAUUGUCACGCCAACAAGCACAAAAGAUGAGCGUCAAGGUGUUCUUCUAAGGAGGUUGGCUAAUACUAUAAGAUUGGUUCCUCCACCAUUGCUGUGGAUUGUGGUGGAAGCUCAAAGGGAUUCAAAGGAAGUGUCUGAAAUCCUUAGGAAAACAGGUAUCAUGUACAGGCAUUUGGUUUUCAAGGAGAAUUUCACGGACCCAGAAGCUGAAAUGGACCACCAAAGAAACAUUGCGCUUAAACACAUCGAACAACAUAGGCUCAGUGGGAUCGUACACUUUGCCGGGCUUUCCAAUGUUUAUGAUAUCGACUUCUUUGACCAGCUCAGAGAUAUUGAUGUGUUUGGGACAUGGCCAAUAGCUUUACUCUCAGCAAACAGGAAUAAAGUGAUGAUAGAAGGACCGGUUUGUGAUUCUUCACAAGUUAUAGGAUGGCAUCUAAAGAAAAUGAACAAUGAAUCAGAUACAAGGCCCCCAAUUCAUAUUUCAAGUUUUGGGUUCAAUAGCUCAAUUCUCUGGGACCCUGAGAGAUGGGGUCGCCCUUCUGCUGGGCAAAAAUACUCACAGAAUUCAAUGCGAUUCGUCAAACAAGUAGUUCUUGAAGAUGAUACCAAAUUGAAAGGAAUCCCACCAGAUGAUUGCUCCAAAAUCAUGCUUUGGAAUCUUUAUUUUCCAAGUGAGACAUCACCAAUUAAUCAUCUUCAAACCACUGCAUUAGAUGGUACUCAGAGGAAAUAAGAGGGAUCAAGAAACUGUUAAAAAAGAGAAAAAGGACAGGUGUGAUUAAGAGGAGAUUUUAAACAGUGGAGCAGUUGCGAUUAUAUACAGAGAUGUCAAUUUUUUUUCUUUUUUCCUUUUUGUCAUGUAUAUUUGUUACAAAUUUAUAAAUUCUUUGUAACAGCAUAUUUUGAGAGUAGUCUUUGCAUGUGAGUAUAACUCAAAUCUAAAGCAUAAAUCAUUACAAUCAAA